CAUGGCUUUUGGAGAAACAUCUGCAGCUGAAGAAAACCCAGUGCUUGGUAGCCAGUCUGGCCCUCAGCAGAGGGACACUGCCUGCCCAGAGGGAAGCAGCCGGCCUUACGCCGUGGACAGCCCCACUCAUCCGAAAGGACACCCUGGCUGUUUAAUGCCUAAGAAGGGAAGCAGUAGGGUAGUGAGAGGAGUGGUUGGCAUAAAAAGUAUGCAGGAAGAAGGUGCCACCUCCAGAGGGCCGGGCUCUCCUGAGGAUGAAGCAAAAAACGAUUGUACACCAAAGUUUGAAGGUGAUUAUGAUGUAGAGAAGUCGACGGAAGACAAGGAAAAUGUGACUGCAGGACGUAGUGAAAAUGUUAAAAAUGGACCAACAUGGCGUGAUGUUUCAGACAGCUCCAGUGAAGGCUUUCAGAACCUUGCCAAGCCUCAUGAGGAACCAAAGAAAAGUUGGAAAGGCAAAAAGCCAACAAGAACAUUAGUCAUGACAAGCAUGCCGUCUGAGAAGCAGAACAUCGUCAUCCAGGUGGUGAAUGAGCUCAAGGACUUUGCUUUUGCACCCGAGGUCUGUGAGACCACCACUCACGUGCUGGCUGGGGAGCCUCUUCGUACCCUGAAUGUGCUGCUGGGGAUCGCCCGAGGCUGCUGGGUCCUCUCUUACGAGUGGGUACUCUGGUCUUUGGAAAUGGGUCACUGGAUUUCCGAAGAGCCUUUCGAACUUUCUAACUACUUCCCUGCAGCUCCCGUCUGCCGACUUGAGCGACACUUGUCCACUGGGCAGUACCAGGGAACCCUCUUUGCUGAUCAGCCGAUGAUGUUCAUCACACCAGCCAGCAGCCCACCAAGGGCCAAGCUGUGCAAACUGAUCCUCCUGUCCGGUGGCCGAGUCAGCCCAGCCCUUCACCAGGCCAGCAUUGUCAUUGGACCCUACGGUGGAAAGAAGAAAGCGACCAUCAAGUAUCUGUCAGAAAAAUGGGUCUUAGAUUCGAUCACUCAGCACAAGGUCUGUGCCUUCGAGAACUACUUGCAGCAAUGACUAGACAAUGGCAUAUGGCAGCUGCAGACACAGCACUCGAGCUGCCUGAACACUCAAGUGAGAAACAGCUGUGAGAAGAAGGAACUGACCUCCGAGAAUGCCUGUGACUUCGGGUGUCUCCCUCACGCUUGAUGAGGUUUUAUGUUCAGAACUCUGUUCUAUGACUUAUCAAGACUGCAUUUGUGUCUCAGAAAAGCAUUGGCCAGCCCAUUUGGGCUCCUUCUGCAGAAUGCUAGUUUUAUAUCUUAGUAAUGAUCAUAAUUAAAAGGCCACAGAGCCUUUGUCAUUAAAGAGUAGAAAAUCAUUAAAAUUGCUUUAUUACUGAGAACAGCUAAAGAACCCCAUAAUUUUUUUCUCUCAGAACUUUAUAGACAUGUCAUAUACUCGUUAUAAAAGACACUCACUAGUCACUAAGG